UUCUUCUCACUCGUCUUGCUGACAGAGCCGGCUAGGUUGGGACCGUAGAUGGAGUAGAGGAGACUCUUCCAGGACUCCAAACCUUAUGAAAAUCUAAUGUAAGUACACAGUGAAGAAGCCAAACGGAACUGAAAAAUGGCAGGCUUCCUAGACAAUUUCCGAUGGCCUGAAUGUGAGUGUAUUGACUGGAGUGAAAGAAGAAAUACAGUUGCUUCUGUGGUAGCUGGGAUCUUGUUCUUUACAGGUUGGUGGAUAAUGAUAGAUGCAGCCGUAGUUCACAGUAAGCCAGAAGAAAUGAACCAUGCAUUCCAUACUUGUGGAGUGUUUUCCACACUAGCUUUUUUCAUGAUAAAUGCUGUAUCAAAUGCUCAGGUGAGAGGAGAUAGCUACAGUGAUGGAUGUUUAGGAAAAACAGGUGCUCGUGUCUGGCUCUUCAUUGGUUUCAUGUUGAUGUUUGGUUCACUUAUUGCUUCCAUGUGGAUCCUUUUUGGAGCAUAUGUUACUCAAAAUAUUGAUGUCUACCCAGGAUUAGCAGUGUUUUUUCAAAAUGCUUUGAUAUUUUUUAGUACCCUUAUCUACAAAUUUGGAAGAACAGAAGAAUUGUGGGCUUAAGAGUACAAUUUUUUCUUCAUCCUCCUUAGCAAGUCAUGUAUGUAAAUAUAACUUACGUUUUGGUUGUUUUCUAUUUUGCCAAACAGAUUGCAUUACAUAUUUUAUAUGUUUUCUUAUUUUUGGAAAGCGAAUUGAUUUAAAUAGUCUGUUCCAAGUUGUUGUAUUUGGCUACCUUUUUAAUAGAACAGAUUUGUGUAUAUGUACAUAUUAUGGCUAUCUAUAAUAUAUAAUAGUGAAUGUUAAAUUUUCAUUGCAGUUGGCAGAUUUUUCUGCUCUGAUAUAUUGUGAAUGUUUUAAAAGGCUCAUAGCUUUUUCAAGACCACAUGUCACUCUUAGCACAAAUGUGCUUAGUAGCAUCUCAUGCUACAUUCAAUAGAGGAGUGAAGAUUUGAUUAGGUGAUUAGAAGGCGAGAUUAAAGAUUUUAUCUAGAAUCGCAUUUUUAAGGUUCCUCAAAACAGCCAUUUUGUAGUGCAUGACCCAAAAAAAUGUAUUAUAAAAAAUUGUAUAAUCUGGCAUUAUAUUUUAAAACGUCACCUAGCACUAUUUCCCAAAUACUACAAAUGUUCUACUAUUACAAAAUAUGUUUUGAACAAAGGAAUGAAAUAUGUAUGAAAAUUCUAAAAUGCACUAGACCUUAACUUAAGUUGCUAGCACAGCAUGCCUUGGAAUGGACCAAAAAUGUUUUAAGAUUUUGACAAUUUUAGCAAAAUUCCAGGUGUGAAAUGCAAGGGGUUCUAAUAUAAAAACCAACCCCAAAAUAUCUACUCACUUAUGGUUCUGUUCAGACAUAACUUUAGAUAUACAUACUGAGAGACACAGAUUUUAAUGCAAAAAUCUUCUUUACCAUAGAUAUUUCACUUGUUUAUGCAAUAUUCAGAGCAAAGGAGAUCCCAUGUUCAAAUUAUCUUAGAAACUCCUGCUUAGCUGUCUGUGUUAUAAAAGCAAGAGUGUGUUAAGUGUCUUUAGAUGUGAUUUGCUAGAUUCCAAAUAAAGGGGAGGUGGAAAAACCCAAUUAUAUUUUUAAACUCAUCUCUUGGCAAGACUAUCAUAGUAUUUUCAAAGAUUUUAUAUACUUUAUUUGUAUGAAUGAACAUGUAUGCUAGUGCAGUGUCAAGUUAACAAGGACUAGCUUUAUUUUGUACCCCUAAAGCCAAAUUGUGUACAGCAUCAUUUGCAUAAUUUAGCGGUUCUUGAUUUUCUCUUAUAUUGAAAAUUCCCUGGCAAGAAAGGGUUGUAGGGGAAAGAUGAAGAAUCAGUUGAGCUAGAGGUGCUUACAUUCUGAGUAUUGCAUGUCCUGCUCAUGGAUCUAUUCCAAGCCCUUCUAUCUUGCAUGCUUUUGAACUUUACCCACACCUAGAAAGUAAACGGGCCAGGUAGUGUUGAUCUUUUGAAACUUUCUUUGUGUCUUCAGAGCCUUUAGAGGACAGACUAUGAAGCAAAUACAUAUGCUGAAAGUUGUCUUGUUACCUCACUCUUAUUCCUGAUUUCAACGUUGGACUGCACUUUAAUCUGUUAUAAACAUUAGUCUAGACUACCUUGUUUGUUCACUGUAAUUACCUUAAAAUCCAAUAAAGAUUGGUAAAAUA